AUGGCUAGCAAGCGCAUCAUGAAAGAGCUGGAAGACCUCAAGCGGGACCCGCCCGCCAACUGCAGCGCUGGUCCCGUGCAGGACGACUUGUUCCACUGGCAGGCGACCAUCAUGGGGCCAGCGGACUCGCCCUACGCAGGCGCGCGCGCGGCUGUGCUGGACUACCCCUUCAAGCCCCCGAAGGUGGCGUUCCAGACCAAGGUGUACCACCCCAACGUCAACAGCCAGGGAUCCAUCUGCCUCGACAUCCUCAAGGACCAGUGGAGCCCCGCACUCACCAUCUCAAAGGUGCUGCUGUCCAUCAGCUCACUGCUGACUGACGCCAACCCCGACGACCCCCUGGUGCCGGAGAUCGCCCACAUUUACAAGAGCGACCGCCACAGAUACGAGGAGACCGCGCGGGAGUGGACGCGCAAGUACGCCAUGAUGUGA